AUGGACGAUGUCGUCAUAGGAGACCCUAUACUUCGAAAUAUUGAUUCUUCACGAACCGACUUGAAACCUUCACGAAGCGACUACAAAUUAUGUCCAAGCCGAGUGUUCGGCUUCAUCCUCAGAAGCCGUAAAUGGGGUAAGCUGCAGCUAAACAAACGAGCGCACUUUGAAAAUGCUAAUAUCCUUGUUAUAGCGUCUCUACCUCUAGCCCAUCUGCGACCUGUCAGUCAGAUUAGUGGCGGUUUUGAUGGCUUAGAGCUUCCAGGUAACCACAAGGAGAUUGUACAUGGACUUGUUGAGACACAUUUUAAGAACAAAGAGAUUGAGCAGAAGUCGGUAAAGGAUGAUAGAGGCUUUGGGUUUGAUUUGGUGAAGUCUAAAGGUAUUGGUAUACACUAUCUGCUAGAACUAUGCGGAAUUAAGCUUUCAUAGGGAAGGGUCUAAUUAUUCUACUACAUGGAGCUCCUGGCGUUGGCAAAACAUCAACAGCUGGUACGUUUUAUGCAUCAACAGUAUCCAUAGUUACCCUACUGCAAUUGCUGAUAAAUAAACAGAAUGUGUCGCGGAGGCUAAUGGCAGACCGCUGUUUCCCAUUACUUGCGGUAUAUAUACUACUACCUUUUCGAAACCCCUAGCUUGCUACAAUAUUUUCAAGUUUAUGUGCGGUCCGAGUCACGUUUGAGUCUAAUUUAUGUAUAGGUGAUCUCGGCUUAAAGCCCAUGGAAGUGGAAGCUAAUCUUGAUUUCAAUUUUCAACUGGCGCAAUCAUGGGGAUGUGUUCUUUUGCUUGACGAAGCCGAUGUGUUUCUUGCGCAAAGAACUCAGACCGAUAUUGAAAGAAACGCACUGGUCUCAAGUAAGUAUAAGGUUUAUAUCAGGUUCAAGAAACAAAAGAUGCGCUUUGGAACUAACCUGACAUUAAAAAAAGUAUUCCUUAGAAGUUUAGAAUACUACAGUGGGAUUCUCUUCUUGACUACCAACCGUGUGGGAACAAUUGACGAGGUAAACUGACAUCUUAUAUGGUGUGGCUUCCAUGCCUGGAAGCCUUGCACUAAUUCAGCUAUAGGAAUUUCGCUCAAGGAUUCAUAUGAGUCUCCUUUAUCAAAUCCUUACCGAAGACCAAACAAUCAAGAUCUGGCGAAGGAACAUUAUUCGAGCCCGAGAAGUCACCCCUAGGCUUUGCAUUGAUGAGAAUGAAGUUCUUUGUUACGCUAUUAAUCUAUACAAGAAGCAGAUCAUGAAACGAGGUAUAGGCUGGAACGGUAGACAACUUCGAAAUGCAUUCCAGACUGCUGUUGCUGUAAGCAGACGAAUCUACCUUGCUGCGUGUUUGCGAUCCUCUACUUCCUGCAGUAUCAUCUACGAAUGAAGCUGACUCCGAAAUCCCGGCGUAGCUGGCAGAAUAUGACCAUGUUCAAACAUCGACUGACCCCAACAAAACGGUGGACCUGGAAUGGGCCUCAUGGGUGGCGUAGGACUCGGCACAGUACCUCAGUCCAACAACUCUAUCUUCAAUCAACCCUAUGGUUCACAAACGCCACAGCAGCCACAAGUUCAACUGCCCAACAACUUCCAACAACCGGUUCAACAAGGUUACAACCAAUUCCAAAACCAAAAUAAUCCCACAGGCCCAAAUUUCGGUACCACGCAACAACAAUUUCCCAACCCCUAAGUCAUGAAUCCUGCUCCAAAUGCAAACCAAUACACGCUACCUCCAUUUGGACAAAGCCUUAAUGCGACCCAGCAAGGCCAGCAACAGCAAUUCCAAAACCUGGCUGCUGGCUCAUUCGCAACUACAGCUGGGCAAGCACCUCAUGAUCAGCAACAGUUCCAAAACUUAGUUUCGAAUCCCGAUUCUCUCGGUGAGUUCAAUGUCGGUGUUCAGAGUACUGAGAAUCAGCAACAUGGGACGAGUGGUGCUUCUAAUACAGGUAGCUAGAUUGAGAGUUCUUUUGCGGGAGGAAAUUUCUAAGGUUCUUAGUUUUACGGCUCUUUGUUAUCAAUUUACGACUAUUAUC